ACCAAGAAAAAUGAAUGUGAUAUCGAGAGAUAAGUGUAUCAUAUUUAUAUUGAUACUUGAAAUUCUGAGCAUAAAUGCGUUGCCAUCAUCAUCCAAAGCGUUGAAUAUAGCAGUUAUUGGAGCCGGAGCAGCAGGCCUUGCGAGUGCAAAAAAUGCUCUGGAACAAGGACACAAUGUAGUGAUCUACGAAAAGACCAAAGCCCUAGGUGGAAUAUGGUGGUAUACAGAUGAAACCGGAAAAGACGAGUACGGUAUUAACAUUCACACUGCAAUGUAUCAAGGACUGAGAACAAAUUUACCAUACCAAACAAUGGAAUAUCCAGGACAUAAAUAUCCAAAUAACACGCGAUCAUUUCCACCACAUGAGGUGGUAUUGAAAUAUCUCAACUCUUAUGCGGAACGUUUUGAUUUGAAGAGACUUAUAAAAUUCCAUCAUAUCGUUGACAAAAUUCAUUCACUUCAAAAUGACCGAUGGAUGAUAGUUGUUAAAGAUUUGCCUAACAAUAAGACCGUAUCGGCGAUUUAUGAUGCGGUUUUCGUUUGCAUUAAUAGGUUUUCUUCACCAAAUUAUCCGCAAUUUGAAGGCGCCGAUUUUUUCAAAGGCAAAAUUAUGCACAGCCAUGAUUACCGUAGAGCUGAAGAUUUUCGGGAUGAAAAUGUUUUAGUCAUUGGAAGUGGUAAUAGUGGAAUGGAUAUUGUACUGCAACUUUCAAAGACUGCCAAUCGAGUAACUUGGAGUAGACGUAAGCCCAAAGAACCAACAGAAGAAGAACGAAGGGUAUAUGGAGAUACAGUUACAUUUAAAAACGAUGUGGAACGUUUAAUAUCAAAUGGAGUUGAGUUUAUGGAUGGCACACAUCAAAAUUUUACAGUGAUUAUAUGCGCAACAGGUUACAGAUUUACGUAUCCGAUGUUGGACGUUGACACAGGCAUUCAAAUUGAUGACAAUUUCGUGCAACCUCUCUAUAAGCAAACUCUGAACAUAAAUCAUCCGACAAUGGCUUUCAUUGGUAUGACUGGGACGAACUUUAUAUUCGAUUUACAGGUACGUUUUGCUCUGAAAUUCAUCUCUGGAACAAAGAAACUACCAUCAAAGUCAGAAAUGUUGAAAGAUUUGCAAGAUUUUGUUGAAGAUCGACAGAAGAAGGGCAUUCCAAAAAGUAGAUAUUAUCAUAUAGGUCUACUAGAUAAGGAAUACUAUGAGAAAGUUGCCCAGACAGCAGAUAUUACCAAAAUUCCGGAUGUUUACCUGGCCAUAUGUAAAGAUUUAUUUCAAAGUGAUCCAUUUAGAUAUCGUGAAUAUAAAUACACAAUAAUUGAUGAUAAAACAUUUAAAAAAGAAAGAGAAGUGUGAUACGAUUCAUGGAAGAUUAGACCAAAUUCAAAAAUAGAUGAAAAUUGCGAACGGUGCAAUCAAAGUUCUUAGUUUUUAGUGUGAUAAAUUUUUUAAUGACGGAAACUCUUAUCAAUAUUGAUUGUGUGCGCUAAUCUAAUUUAAAAAAAGAACUCUUGAAUUGUGUGAUAUUGUUGUAUUAAUUAUAAAAGCAAUAGAUAAUUCAAGAUAAUUAGAUUUAAAAAAAUGCAAUGAUCAGCAGAUGGCAACGUGAUAAACAAACAUUUUCGCAAAAAAAAAUUCGGAAUAUCCCAAACAAAAUAUAUGUGAAACCCGUUUACUUGCUCGAAUAUGCGUUGAAUUCAUCUUUUAAUAAUAUUAUUAAGGUUUUUUUUUGUUCAUGCAGAAUAUCAUCAUUCUAAUGACCUAACUCAUGUAUGAAUUCUUAAGAAAUACUUCUUAUAGAAAAUGUGUGUUUUAACAUGCGCAAUAUUUGAGUAGUGUAAUUAUAAUUUUCCAUAUCAAUAGAAAUAUCGAAAGUAUGUGAUAUCGUUUCAGGUAAUAUUUUGAUGAAGUUGCUUCUGAAACCGAACGCUUUAAAAAUUUAAGAAACUAAAAAGUGUGUAGUUGAAUCAAGGGGCUUAUGACAUAUGUGAAUCGCAAGAGUCUCAUGUAAAUUAUCUGAGUCUGUAUGUGAUUUUCGAGUCGGUAGCUUCAUGGAACGCAGAAACAAUAAAACGCAGGAAACCAAAAAUGCAGAAAAAACGCAUUAAAAUGUUUUUCUGUGUAUUUUUUUUAGUUUUUCUGUGUA